AUGAACGUCAACAAGAAGCUCGGUCGUUUCAAGCAGUGGGCUGGGGAACGUAUGGGCGGAGAGGUGAAGACAAAUGUGUCCGAUGAUUUCAAAGCCAUGGAGGCUGAGAUGGCCUUGAGGCAAGAAGGGUUGGAGCGACUUCAUAGGUCCAUGACUGCAUAUGUUCGGGCAAUCUCUAAACGAAACGAAGGGGACGGCGGGAAACUGUUUCCUAUCGGGUAUCUGGGCGGAACAAUGGUGAAUCAUGGACAGGACUUUGAAAGCACUUCGGAGUUUGGGCAGUGUCUUAUCAGUUUUGGCAGGACAAACGAGCGCUGUGCCAGGAUUCAAGAGCAGUAUGUGGUGGAUGCGACAUCUAGCUGGCUGGAGUCGCUGGACAGGUCGCUUGCACAGAUGAAAGAGUAUCAGGCAGCUAGGAAGAAGCUCGAAAGUCGCCGCCUAGCAUAUGAUACGUCCCUAGCAAAAAUGCAAAAGGCCAAACGAGAAGAUUUUCGCGUGGAGGAGGAAUUACGCCUGCAGAAAGUGAAAUACGAAGAAGCUAAUGAGGACGUAUAUCGACGCAUGCAGGAUAUCAGGGAGACAGAAGCAGAUAAUAUUUCGGAUAUUCGAGCAUUCUUCGACGCUCAACUGAAUUACCAUGACCAGUGUCGAGACGUUCUCCUACAGUUGAGAGACGAGUGGCCGGUUGGCCAUCAACCCGUUCGACGAUCAACCGUAUCCCGAACCACAACUGCACAUUCCUUCCAUGACCGGUUCGAACCAGUUGCCGAUGAGCCCCUGGAACCUCGCCCAACCAUUAGGCCUACCCGCACCACUUCCUCCUGCCUUGAAUCCUCGUCCCAAAGGCCAUCUUUCAGUCGCACCUCCACCUUCGAAGGACCCCUCCAACUCCGCGGCCGUGUAUCUCCCCCCAAUUCAUCCCGCGUCGUGAGCGACAGCGCCUCGAUCAGCAGCACCCGCUCCCCUCUUCGCGCAGCCAACAGCAGAAACUACGAUGGCCACCCGGGAUCCGUCGACGACGGCGCGUCAUCGCCGUACGGCAGAGUGAGUCCGGAGCGCUAUGUAUCUGGUUCAAUCUCGGCGUCGACUGGGCACCCCCUUACUCGGCCUGUGAGCAUGGCCUUGUAUAAUGGCAAUGGGGUGUCUUCCUCGCAGUCGUCUGUUAGAGCGAAGAAACCUCCGCCACCACCGCCUCCGAAGAGGAAUACCCUUCGACCAACGGAGAUGUAG